AUGCCCUCCAACGACCCUCCUAGUCCGGUGCUGGGCAACAACAACAGCAACGGCCACACCAGCAACAGCAGCAGUUCGACUGCCGCUGAAUCAGCCUCUGUUCGCGCCCUGCAGCGCGAGCUGGCCGACUCGAUCAUCCGCCGGGCGCCCCUGGAUGAGCUGCGCAUUCUGCUCGCCUGCGGCGCCAAGGUCAACGAGCCGGUGACGCAGGGCCUCCGCCCCCUGCACUACGCCACCUACCAGAAGUACGAGAAGGCGGUAGGGCUGCUGCUGGUGCGCGGCUGCGACGUCAAUGCCAUGGACGACGUGGGCUACACUGCGCUGCAUUUGUGCGCCGAGCGCGGCUACGCAGAGCUGAUGGUGACGCUCAUUGAGCACAGCGCCCAGGUGAAGUUCACACAGUUGAAACCGGAUGAACGGCAGCUAGGCAACCCGCCGCGGAACACCAUCGUCGAUGAGCCCCUCCGGCUGGCCAUCAAAAAUGGCCAUCUGGAGUGCGCGGAGAUUUUGCUGAAGCACGGCCACGGCGCCGACCCAAAUGCCCGCUACUUUCUCGGCUCUGAAAUUAACCUCAUCUCGCCGCUGAAUGUCCUCUGUCUGGAGAUGCUGCUCAAGUUUGGCGCCUUUCCGGACGCCCGAGACCGGUCCGGGCUGACGCCGCUGAUGAAGGCCUGCCGCCAUCCGCAGGGCUACGCCGCCGCCAAGAUACUUAUUCAUUACGGGGCUGAUGUCAAUGCCAUUACCUCGGAACGUCACGACUACCGCAGCGUCCUCCACUACGCCGUCCUCAGCAACAACAUUGACAUUGUCCGCCUGCUGCUGCACCACGGCGCCAAUGCUCGCUACAUCUUCCCCACGCCGGCCAUACAAAAGCCCACGCCGCUUGACUUUGCACUGCUCAGCGGCAACGUGGAGAUGGUCAAACUGCUGAUCAACGCCGGCGCAGACGUCAACGUCGGAUCGCCCAUCAUCGGUCGACCACUGCACAUUGUUCUCUCGGAAAAGACUCCUAACAAAGCCGAACUGGUCGACCUGUUGCUGGACGCCGGCGCCGACCCGAACGCCAUCACCACCGACAACCGCGGUCCACUGCUGAAGCCGCCCAUUGGCGAGUACUUCAACGCCACUGAACAGCCCAGAGCGGACAUUGUGAGAAAGCUGCUGAAGUACGGUGCACAAAUUGUCAUUAAAGCGCAAGUGCACAACCAGAUCGGCAUCCUCAAGGUGCUGAACCGCCUGGAGGUGGAGAAAGACGCCGAGGUGAUCGACCUGGUUCUCGAGGCCACUGAGUCCUUCAACAUUGCCGGCAUCAAGCGGUGCACGCUGCUGAGUGAGGCGCUGCGCGAGCGCAUUCUCGCCAUCGCCACCAAGCCGCAGCCGCUCUUCCACCAGUGCCGUCUGCUGGUGCGCAAGGUGCUCACCGAGCUGGCGCUCAAGUCGCAGGCAAAGAUGGUGCAGAAGGCAGUCCGCCAGAUCAACUGUCCACUUUACAGCAAGCGACGCCCUUACAAGAAGAGGAAACUCAAUUCAGAG